CAGUUGAUCAGUUACCUUAAUAACUAAAAGAUCAACUUGGUACGCUCAGACAAUCUACAAAAAUGUCAUCUAUUUCCAUCGCGACCCUACCGCGCAUGAGCCGCGACAUUCUAGCGGCACUCCUCCUCUCCGGCCCUACAUCCAGCCAACUAGCCAUUAUCGAUGUCCGGGACUCAGAUCAUGUUGGCGGACACAUCAAGUCCUCAACAUGGAUCCCCACCUCCAGCCUAGACGUCCGCCUACCAGAGCUUCUCCGCACCCUCAAGGACGUGGAGAAGGUUGUCUUCCACUGUGCUUUAAGCCAACAGCGCGGUCCAUCUGCGGCUCUGCGUUAUGCCCGUGAGCGCGAGCGUAGUCUAGGUGAGGAAGAGAGCAAAAAGCAAGAAAUUUAUAUAUUGGAUGGUGGUUUCGUGCAGUGGCAGGAGAAGUAUGGGGAUGAUGAGCGGCUGACUGAGGCUUAUGUUGCGGAUAUCUGGCAAGAGUAUUGAUUUUUGAAAAAUUGGUUAUGAUUUGAUGUUGCUGAAGUACGGCUGUGAGAUGCUUUGUUAUGCAUGCCCGCAUUGUUUAUGAGAUAUGACCAUAUAGAUACAACCUUGAAUGAAUUUAGAUUGAGC